AUGGAGUCAAAUACGUUAAUAAGUUAUAGUGAUUCAAACAAUGACAAAAUUAAUAAAAAUGAGAUAUUAGAACAAGCUGUUAAUGAUCCUAAGGAUUCUGAAGGUAAUAUGAAUUCGGCACGUGCACCAAUGCAGUUUGUAAUUAAUGAAGUAUCUUCUAUUUUGAGACAAAAUGGACUUGAUAUUCAAAAACCUGGAAAUAUUAAUAAUAAGAUAACUAAUGAAAGAAAGGGACGAACAGAUCGGCCCUCAAUGUGUGUUUAUCCUUCAGUUCCAUGGGCAGGUGUACUGGAAAUCUCUAAGUCUGUGCAACUAUCUACAGGAGUUGCAAUACGGUCAAAUAGCUCAUUUUUGUUAUCUCUGACAGCACUGUUAGCAAAUCCACACCAUACAAGUUGCACAAUGAAUUCGUUAGAUCUUUCUGGGAUGUCUGGGAUUUUGGAAUCAAGAAGUUCAUUAUCGAAGGAUUAUAGGCCUAUAAAUGCUUCUCAAUGUGCAUUGAUUCUACAUAUGAUAACUUGUAAUUUACAACAUUAUGUUUAUGAAGGGAAUGUGAAAAGUGUAGUAAUAAAUGACCUGGUAACAUCAUUACUAAAAGCUUACACAUAUCAACAUCGAAGUCAAGUAAAAAGUGGGGGGGAUUUAUCUAAUAUGAAUUAUCAAGCUUAUAUUGAAGCUAGGGAAUGGUCUGUUAUGAUUACUCCAACAGAAUGUAUAUUUCCAAAAUCUUGUUUUGAAUUGAGAGAUUUAUUACAUAAAAGUGGAUUAAAAGUUAAAUCUUAUUUUGAAAGUAAUAAUGAAGAUUAUAGCUAUAUAUCUCAUAAUUCUAGAGAUUCUGAGAAUUUAUCCAAUUCCAGCACUAUUCUUCCUUGUGUAUCUCGUCAAGUAUGCAAUUCAUCUAUUGAUGACAUUGAUACUAGAUAUUUUGGUAAUCAUAGCUGUUUUGCAAAGAGAAAGGCUUUUCGCUCAAAUAAUAUACCAUUUUAUCAUGAAUUUGAGAGGAUUAAGAGAUUAAUGUCGAAAAAUAAUUCUCAAAUUAAAUCUUUAUUUCACAGUCCUGGGAGUUCUAUCUAUAUUACUGGUGAUGAUGUGGUAUCAUUUUUGCACCUUUUAAAAUCUUGCUUCGAAACAAAUAUGAAGCAAAAUUCAAAUAUUUUAGUUAUAUCUAAGAAUGGGCCAAUUAGUAAUAAAUCUAAUAGUACUAAUAAACUACUUGGUGCAGAUGAAAAUACUAAUAAUACCUUAAAUAAUAAUAUUUUAAAUAUAAAAUCAAAUCGUAGUUCAAUAAGUAAUUAUGAUCCUUUUUGGUUUAUAAAGGAAACAAAGAAGAUUGUAGCUAAUUUCCCAGUAAGGGAUACAGUAUUUAAAGCUGCAACCUGUGACUGUAAUUAUAUACAUAAUACACCUAAUUCUAUACAAGCUUCUGAAUCUACACCUAAUGGUUUUUAUGAACUAAAAAUUGAAGGUUUUAUACUUCCAUAUUCCCUUGCUAAUAUUUUAACUGGUAUAAAAAUGCUUUGUUCUGAUAUUUCGAAUGUAACAAUUACUAAAUUUGAAUGCACUACAGAUCCUCCAUUCUUACCAGCAGAAAUAUCUAAUUUGAAUAUGGUUUGGGAUCGUAUUCUCCCUAUUUUAUGUAAUGUUAUUAAACCGAUAAACUUAUCUCUUGUUAAUAAGGCACUUCUGUGGCGUCCUAUAAGUAGAGUAUACUUUAAAGAUGAUGAUAUCCUGGUUCUUCCAAAUCCUAAGAUAAACCCAGUUUUAGCUUCUUCAGACUUUAGUAUUAUAAACAAUGCAAUAGGAUCAUCUAAUUUGAAUAUAACUGGAGUAAUACCUUUUCUCAAUUCAACAGUAUUUCAAAAUAAUCAACAUUCAUUCUCUCUUCCACCAAGAAAACGUCCUCUACAAAUUAAUCAAUCUUCAUCUUUAACAAAACAUUUAGUACCUCAUUCUAAUGGAAGGCUUAGUAUUUGUAAUCACUCUUCCUCAAGUAUUGGUCAACAAGCUUCUUUAGGACUAACUAAUACAGUGCAAGCCGGAACUGCUGGAAGCAAUACAGUUGCUGCAGCAGCCCUUUCCAGCAUUUUACUGGAUUUUUCACUUUCUAAUGGAAUAGUAGAUUCUAUGAGUCAUACAAAUAUGGCUUCAAGUUGUUCAAAUCAACAAUUACCUCUUCACUUACAAAAUACUGCAGCUUCUUCAUCUUCAUUUGACAAUUCUAAUCAACAGUCAAACUUCCAACAUUCAGCCUUAACUACAAGUGGAGUAAGAAAUAGACCUUCCUCAUUAUCAACAAAUAUACAAUGGAUGAAUUUUAGAGGAGUUGGAUUUGCUAAUUCAAAUAUAAGUUCGAAUUCAAAUUAUGUAUCUUUAGGUACUCCCAUGGGAAAACAACUACUACAUAGAAUAGGGACAACUAAUCCUUUUCAAAGAUUGGAACAAGUUGGGGAGUGUUUAAAUCCUAGAAGAUUAUCUUUCGAAAGUAACAGCCUCCAAAGUUUCAAAAUUUUUUCUGAUACAGCCCUCUGUUUCUUAGGUUUUGAUACUGAGAAAUUCGACUAUUUUAGUGAAAGGGCCUCAGAUGAAGGAGCUAAGAUAAUAAAUAUAAAGGAAUUGGAAAGGGGAUGGAAGGAACAUUUGCAAAAGUACAGUAAUUCUCCUUAUCUACUAUCUUUUUCUGGAUUCGUCUGCUCCUGGCUACAAGUUGUGCGAUUUUAUUGUAUUUUAGGGGAGAAUAUAACCCUUUCUAAUAAUGAGUCAGUUCGAACUAUUGCUGAAUCUGUUAGAUUACCAUUAGAAAUUUAUCAUCUUGUAACUUUGGAAUGGUUUCUUACAACUUGCUUUGAAAAGAGGCCAUUGGAUCCCGAUGUCUUUGGACCUUUAAGUAGGCCUUCAAUUAAUACUAGAACUGAAUUAGAAAGAUAUCAAAGUAACAUUGGCAUAAUUAUUUUAGACAAGUUUCCACAUAUGAAUCGGAUUUAUAAUUCUUCUAAACAUGGCCAAGCCUCUUUAAGUCAUGCUAUUUGGACCAAUAGUAUGCAGAGAAUCUUAAAGAAUCUAUAUGGACCUACAAUAUCUGGUACUAAAGAAGUCAGUGAAUUUAUUGGCAAAAUAUCUGAAAACCUUAGUGAAAAGAAUGAAAAGUUUGUUCACAUCUUGGUUAUACCUUGCUCAUUAUCUCCUUAUAAAAGUGAAUAUGGUAAUCUUAAAAUAUUACCUUAUGACGAAUUUGAUAUCAAUAUUACUAGAAAUAAAGGUAAUGAGGAACUUGAUAAGAGAUCUGCAGAAGAUCUUACUGAUAAUGAUAAGUACUCAAAAUACCAACCACUUUCUACAUUACAAGGGUCAUCAUUUAUUCAAUUCAAAAAUGAUAUUGAGUAUUUAAAGAAGGCAUGCUCACAUUCACUAGGUGAAAAUGGAUAUUUAAUUCAUAUUAUAAGUCCAAAGUGGCUCUUAGAUAGCUGUAAUCAAAGAAAUAAAGUGGACUACAAAAGCUAUGAAUUGGAAUUCAGGAGUGCACAGAUCCGCAUUAAUAAGAGAAAGAAAAUUAGAGGAUGCAAUGAAGAAAAUAAAUUUCAAAUAGUACUAAAAGAAGAAACAAUUGGGACAUUUUAUAAUAUAAAUACUAGUGAUGAGAUUAAUUCUACUGAUAAGUCAAGUUUGAUACCUUCACAAGGUCCAUGGCCCCUUUGGAGUUGGAAUGUUACUCUAGUAUAUUCAAACAAGUAUCUGAAGUCAAUAUCUCAAAUUAAGGACAUAAUUAGAGAUCUUGGAGCUUCUAUUUGUUGCUUUGUUGAUACUAUUGGACCUUGUUUUGGUGCAAAAAUAUCAAAGUUUACUAAAGAAACUAAUUCGAAUUUAAUAGUCUGCACUGACACUGAAACUAUUAAAUUUUUGCAGCUCCUGGAAAUGAAUUUUGAAUCUAAAACAUCAAUAUCUGUUCCUAUUGUUGAUAUAUCAUGGAUUCAUAUGGUUCACGGAACUAGAACUCUUCAUCCUUUUGAAUGCAAGUACUUAAAUUCUGAAAUUAGUAAAAAAGUUAAAGAUAAAAAUAUCGAUACAACUAUUGAAGAUAUUACUGGGAAUAGUGUAAAUUAUAUACCGAAUGAUCGAAAUUCAGAUGCUUUUGAAAAUAGCCGUCAAAAUAUAGAAAAUAAGAAAUUUGGGGAAAAUACCUUAAAAGUUAGCGGAUCUGUAUCUAAACUAUUAAAUACAAUCAAUAAUGAAGAAAUAUUUCACUCUAAAAAUAAAGAAAAUACCACUGAAGUUAAUUUUUAUGAAAUGCCUAACACCGAAUUACUUGAACAUAUUAAGGAAGAAAGGACCAAAAAUACAAAUAAAAGAAGAAAAUCAACCAAAUUAGGCAGUAGACGUAUAGAGAAUUACCAACUAUAUUCUCAAGGUGAUGAUGUUUUUAGCAAACAAAAUAUAGAUAGUGAAAGCAUAUCUGAAUUUCUAGUCCCUAUUUCAGCACCUCUAGUAACUCAGUGGUUCACAGAAGAUAUUAAUGUUUUUCCAAUGACAUCUCCUAAUUGUACACCAGUUAGGAACUAUAAUAGUCACAAUAAAACCGAUGGUCAAUUUUGCAAGACUCCAUCCAACUGGAUAAGCCCGGUACCACAUUUAAGUGAAUACUUUAAGUUUGAUAUUGGAUUAAUUGAUGGAAAUAACCAAUUUGAGAAAAAUAAGUAUCAAUAUGGCAAUAUUCACGAACAAAAUAUCUGUAAUAUUAUAGAAGAUAGCAUAGGAACUACUACUGAAAAUGUAUCACCUAUACUAUGUCCAAUAUUACCUACUGUAUCUCUAUCUGCACUAAACAUUUCAUUUGAUUAA